AUGCCGCGAGAAGUCGAGCCCUCGCUCAAUGAGCGCCAAUUCAUUCGCGAUGCUCUGUUCGAAAGCAUCCGCCUCGACGGUCGUCAACUCGAUCAAUACCGAAACCUAGAGCUGGAGUUUGGCGACGACUAUGGCGUUGCCGAUGUCCGUUUGGGCAAGACGAGAGUCGUUGUGAGGGUAUCCGCCGAAGUAACAACACCCUUCCCCGAUCGCAAGUUCGACGGCGUCUUCACCAUCUCGACCGAGCUCUCACCCAUGGCCUCUCCCGCUUUCGAAGUCGGUCGCCCCAACGAUGCCGAAGUCGUGCUGUCUCGUUUACUGGAAAAGUCCAUCCGCCGCUCUGGUGCCCUGGACACGGAAUCCCUCUGCAUUAUCGCCGGCGCGAAGUGCUUCGCCGUCCGCGCAGACAUACACGUUCUGGACCACGAUGGCGGCUUGAUCGAUGCUUGCUGUAUCGCCUUGGUCGCCGCUCUGCAACAUUUCCGCCGUCCUGAGGUCGAGGUGCACGGAGAAGAUGUCACUGUGUUUGACACCCGUGAGCGCGAACCCGUCAAGCUGGCCAUGCAACACCACCCUUUCUGUGUCUCCUUCUCCUUCUACCACGGCGGCGAGACGGUGCUACUGGAUGCCAACCUCGCAGAAGAGAGCGUUCGCGACGGCGAGAUGAUCGUCAGCAUGAAUCGUCACGGUGAGGUCUGCCAAAUCGCAAAGUAUGGAGGUGUGCCUGUGGACCCGUUGACCACUCUCAACUGCUCGAAUGUUGCGCUGGAAAAGGUCAAGGUUCUGCACCAGUUCGUGCAAUUAAAGCUGGACCAGGACGAGAAGAAGAGAGACAAGGGCGGUCUCAUGGCUGAGCUGAAUGCUGCAAACUCGAGAGAGCUUGCCAACAUCCCGGGUUGA